UGCCUACUUAUACAAGGAGACGGACUGGUCCGCCUCCGCUAUCCUAGCUGCAUACAGUCUCUAGCUAGCUCCUCUUUCACAAGAUAUAUAUUAUUUCUCCUACUUUGUUUCUUCAGGGUUCAAAAAGCAUCUCUGAUCUAUGGAAGCCAAAGGUUAUACCCAAGAUGGCACCGUUGAUCUUCGUGGCCGCCCCGUACUUGCAUCUAAAACUGGGAAAUGGAAAGCCUGCGCUUUCCUUAUUGGUUAUGAGGCAUUAGAGAGGAUGGCCUUCAACGGAAUAGCGUCCAACUUGGUGAAUUACUUGACAACCCAACUUCAUCAAGACACAGUUUCAUCAGUAAGGGAUGUGAAUAACUGGUCCGGAACUGUGUGGAUUACACCAAUUCUUGGUGCGUACAUUGCAGAUUCUUACGCGGGUCGUUUCUGGACUUUCGCCGUCUCAUCACUCAUAUACGUCAUGGGGAUGGUGCUUCUGACAACGGUAGUUUCACUCAAAAGCUUGAGGCCAUCAUGUACAAAUGGAGUCUGCAACAAGGCCUCCACUUCACAGAUUUCCUUCUUCUACUUAUCUCUCUACACUAUAGCAAUUGGGGCAGGUGGAACGAAGCCCAACAUAUCCACCUUUGGCGCAGACCAGUUUGAUGAUUUCAAUCCCCAUGAGAAAGAGCUCAAGGUUUCAUUCUUCAACUGGUGGAUGUUCAGCACUUUCUUAGGCGCUUUAGUUGCCACUCUUGGCCUUGUUUAUAUUCAAGACAAUCUUGGAUGGGGAUUAGGCUAUGGUAUACCUACGGCCGGGCUUCUGCUGUCCCUAUUUAUUUUCUACAUGGGGAUCCCAAUCUACAGGCACAAAGUUAGGAAGACUAAAAGUCCUGCAAGGGACUUGAUUCGAGUCCCUAUUGCUGCCUUCAAAAAUAGGAAGCUUCAACUACCUAACAACCCCUCAGAGCUUUAUGAGUUUGAGCUGCAGCAUCACACAAGCAGUGGCAAGAGACAGGUCCAUCACACCACCAUUUUCAGGUUCUUGGACAAGGCUGCAAUAAAAGAUUCCAACUUGGACCCCUCAAGACCACCAUGCACAGUGACUCAGGUAGAAGGAGCCAAGCUAAUUUUGGGGAUGAUAUUGAUAUGGCUUGUAACACUAAUUCCUAGCACGAUUUGGGCACAAAUCAACACUCUUUUUGUCAAACAAGGUACCACCUUAAAUCGAAGCCUGAGCCCCAACUUCCAAAUUCCAGCUGCCUCGCUAGGGAGCUUCGUGACUCUCUCCAUGCUCAUUUUUGUGCCCAUGUAUGAUCGUUACUUUGUACCAUUUAUGCGUCAGAGAACCGGAAAUUCUAGGGGAAUCACACUUCUUCAGAGGCUGGGCAUUGGAUUUAUCAUACAAGUUAUUGCCACUGGAGUUGCUUAUGCUGUGGAAGUUAGGCGCAUGCAUGUCAUAAGAGUGAACCACAUAGUAGGUCCCAAGCAAAUCGUACCUAUGAGCAUAUUUUGGCUAUUGCCCCAAUACGUUCUACUAGGCAUCGCAGAUGUGUUCAAUGCAAUUGGGUUGCUAGAAUUCUUCUAUGAUCAGUCUCCAGAGAACAUGCAAAGUCUUGGGACAACGUUCUUCACAAGUGGGAUUGGUGUUGGCAACUUUUUGAAUAGCUUUUUGGUAACAAUGGUGGAUAAAAUUACAGGAAGGGAUGGGGGGAAGAGUUGGAUAGGCGACAAUUUGAAUGACUGUCACUUGGAUUACUAUUACGUGUUCCUGCUGGUCAUAUCCAUAAUUAAUUUAGGGGUCUUUUUGUGGGCAUCGAGUAAAUAUGUUUACAAGAAGGAGAUCACAGAAGUGAAGGAGGGUUGUCUUCAAAUGGAGGGCAGAGUCUUAGAUAUGUCUCCUCUGGGGUUACAGGUAUAAAGAGGGUGCAUGAUUGUGAGGAUGUAUAAACAUAUAUGCUAGCUACUCCUGUAAGAUAUUUGUGUGUAUGUAAUAACAUUGGUCUAUUUGCAACCAGUUGGACCAUUAUUUUUUUUUCAGUCUACUAAUUCGAAUAUAGAUUAAUCUAUAUGUAAAGCAAACUAGCUUGGUAUUGUUGUGAUCUAAAUCUGAGUUGAUGUGUGUGAUUAGUGCUUGUUUGGAAAACA